GUUCUGUAGCAUGUGAAAGUGUAUCGAACUAAUUCAUAUAACCGCUGAUAUGUUAUGCGGAGACAGAAAUUCGGUCAAUAUUUUAGAAUAGUUUUAUUGUUUGUUAACCAGACGAGCGAUAACUUGACGAAUAUAGGGAAUACAGCUCACGGGCCCUCAUUAAUUAUUAAGGCAAGUCUUAUCGUGACGGUCAUACGUUAGUCAUGAGAUCUAAGUACGUGUCCUAUUCUGACCUUGUUUUACCUUGCAUUUGACUAACUCUGUGGUCAUGCCACGACAGGCUAGCUAUGCACGAUAAUAAUCAAUAUCAUUUCCACCUCUAGUAAAUAAGCAGUUGAAUAUUUGGUGAAAUAUCAUUUAAGUGUUGCAUCUUUACUGACUUGUCUGGAUGACUUUGACGCCAAAAUCCAACGUACAUGUGAUUAUUUUGAUCAUAAUGAGAUUGUUGGAAGGUUCGAGUUAUAAUCAGUUCUUGGAAAUAUUUUCUAUUAUUUAAAUAGAUCAAUAAUUCUAUGAUGUAUAAUUCGUGGAACUCAAAGGAAUAGGUCUAGUCUUAUAUCGUCAUAUCUGAUUAUCUUUUGAAUUUAAGUCAAUUUCUACCUGAUUGUAUGUCUAAACGAAAUAAGUCAAUUUCUUUUACAAAUUUUCACCUUGGAUGAAUUGGAGCUCGAAGCAUUAGUAUGAAGUGAAGAAGCCAAAAAGAUGGCACAGUUGAAAAGCAAUAAUGAUGAAGGUUAUGACUUUUCAUCUCCUCGACACUUCAGUGAUUUGGUGCUCGUCGUCGAAAACACCAAGUUUAACGUCCAUAAAUGCAUUCUUUCGAUGUCUUCUCCCGUGUUUGAGAAAAUGCUUACGUUAGAUUUCCUUGAAAAGGACGCCAAGCAAAUACAUUUACCAGGGAAGCAAAGCGAUGAAUUUGGUGCUUUUCUAAGAGUGAUUUACGCAGACGUAAUUUCCCAAGGAAAGCAAAUCAACAAGGAAAACUAUGAGUUUCUCCUUCGACUUGCUGAAGAAUACCAAGUCAGCAAAGUCAAAUAUCUGUGCUGCAAGUUUCUAAUCUCAAGCGUUGAAGAAUCCAAUUGUCUCGGGAUUUAUAAAGUAGCGGAAUUACACAACCUUGAAGAUGUCAUGGAAAAGUGUGCAGAAGUGACAUCUCUCAAACCGAGCCGUAUUUUAGAAAGUUCUGAAGAAUUUUGUGGAUUACUGCCAGAAAGUAAGAUGAGAGUUUAUGCCAAAAGAGUCAAAUAUUUAGAACAAAAUGCAUAUGCAUAAAUAAAUUACUUUUUAUAGUGCCAUGCACUGCAAGUUUCUAAUCUCAAGCGUUAAAGAACCCAAUUUUCUUCAGUGGGAUUUAUUAAGUAGCGGAAUUAUACAACCUUGAAGAUGUCAUGGAAAAGUGCGGAGAAGUGGCAUCUCUCAAAGCGUGCUGGGUUUUAGAACGUUCUGAGGAGUUUCGCGGAUUAAAAGACGAAAAUCAGAAGAUGGUACUUGCCAAACGAGACAGAUAUUUUGAUGAAACUUUAAAGGACAAGACCUUUACACAGUGGAAAAGAAAUGAAGACCUGGAGCCAGCACCUUCUUCUAUAAGAGAAUCACUUCGAUAAACUGAUUAACUAGCUAAAGAGCCACGUUGAUAAACCUUGAUUCUUUCACUUUCAAAGGAUACAAAAUUCCAUUUAUCAGUAUGCAAAGCGUUUAAUUUAGUUUUCUGGCUUGUCCUAUGCAGCUCUGAACCUUAUUAUCUACUGUGUACCGAAUAAAAUUUUUUAGUGUGAACUUUUCUCUGAGCAUCCAUGUAAACCUUGCAAGAGAAGAAACAACGAGACUAAUGGAGGGAUGCUCAUAGAAGUAUUUUUUGUAGUGUAUGGUACUCAUUGUCUGUAAUAACAGGGAUGAAAAAAAGAGGUACAUUUAUAUAUUAGUAUACUUUACUGUACUAAGUACCGUUCUUUUGUUAGCACUGUAAUCCUUGUAGGCAAAGGAGAAGAAUCAUUAGUUAGAUUAAUGGAGCGAUGUUCACAGAAGUACUUUAUGAUUUUGACCUUGCAAAACUACGCGGUACUGUUUAAAAAAAUUUGUAAUUUUUAUUGUUUCGCGCAAAUGCGACUAUUUUGGAGGGUCUAAAAACAUCAAUCUAGCUAUAAUGCAAUGUCAUCAUACUGUUGAACCUGUAGAUUUAUAGUUACUUGUGCACACACUAACCGAGACCACUUGAAGAAAUUUAGCCAAUCACCACAUAGAGUGAAAACAAAGGAAUCAAACUUUAGUCAAGCUUUAACCAACCACGAGCAAGCAACCAAGGAUUGAAAUCUUGAAUGUCAACAAGAACUUUCGGAAUGAAGGUGAAUAAACGAUUGUGAUUGGCUGAGGUCAAUAUCGGAUACUCUAUUUUGCUAUCUCAUGAUUGGCUAAGUUUUUUUCUAACUUUGUCGCAGUGGUCCCGGUAAAAGUGUGUCUACGACAAUAAAGUUAAAGGUCAUUUAAAAUAUAGCACAUAUUGUAGAACAAGAUCAAUUCUUUAGUGACUUGAAGGUUAUAAACAACUACCAGAAUCCUUUGUACCGUAUCUUUUAUCAGCGCAUUAACAUCAUCUCACUAUUCUAAUGAAGCAAUAAAAGAUUUGAUGAAAAAGUGAUAACAUUAAACAGCAAUAACGGUAGGCUGUUGGGAAAUGUGAUUAAUUCAAGGACAAACACCGCUCCACUGAAUCGUAACUUCAACGUCAGUGAUGAGACAUAUUCAAAGCUCUAAUAAUUUAUCAAUAAAGGACGAUUUGUAAAAGCGUUUUAAACAACUACAUACAGACAUAUCAUAUCUUCUCGGACGUUUUACAUGAAACCUGCUAUUUGGCGUUGAAUCAAUUUCAAUUUGUAUUUUAAUUUGUAUUAAUCGUAAUUUUGCUUUUGCUUUUGUAUUUGUACGAUUGAAUUUUUGAUUUACAGCAACAAAAAUCCAAAUUCUAACGGACAUCUACAACAUUGGGCUCACAGUUCUAAACCCCAGCAACUUUUAAAACUAUUCGAAUAAAAUAAAGUCGUAAGAUGUUUUGAA